UAUUAGGAGCGUCGACGAAGGAAAUCGGGUUUAAAAGCGCGGAGUUGAUAUUCUCCUUAUGUAGGUAGUUUAUCCAGGUAAUCAGUCAACAGCCUGCGUCUUAACUAUGAAUUGGCCGCGCGCUGUGUCUCAGGCCUGCUUCUUUGAAACACGUCCAGGAUAAUUGCCACCGAGACGGAGGAAUGUGCGUGCCUUUCAAGGCUCUCAGCUUGAUGAAAAUAUGAGAUGCGAUGGUCUGUCGCAGCACAAGCAGCCGGAAGGUUUGCAGUGUUAAUGGUGAAGUGGUCCGUGCGCAAGCGUCGCUCGUCCGCCCGGGACGCUCAGUCACCGCAGUGCCAGGUCCACAACUCCACAUGGAAGUCGCGUCCAUCUUAUCACAAGUACCGGCCUUAUCAAGGCAGCGCUCUCGUCUAAACAAUGUACUCUGGGGAGUUGUUCAUUCAUCCCAUUGUACUUUACAUAUAGUUGUUGUUCUGCUUGGCUUGAAAUACGGGCUUCAACAACAGACAGUACAGCCAGGGAUGUCCACUGCCAGUCCAGCAAAUUCCCAAGUUCCACUGCCGCGGGAGCCGAUCCGAUUGCAGUGCCCGCUGCUGGCGUCCCGAGUGGAGCAGAGGCCCGCAGUGCUGCAGGGCCGUCCUGCUCAACGGGACGCCACACACCCCUGGCUAUCGAUCACCUGCGCAAUCGUCCGUGCCGGCGCUUUCCCACCGCCAUUGAUACCUGCCAAACACGCACCUAAUGGAGCCCAUUCUUAUCACGAGGUCGGGCCUUAGACCGGGAACUGUGCACAUUCCAGCUUCCCAAGUAUCCUGAGCUCCAACAAUUUCAACUAAUUUUGUCUGCAACAUCGAGAAAAUAUCGGCUCUUGUCCGCGGUCGAAUCAAUCUCGCAGC